AUGGCCAUUAGACUUAGCAAAGUUCUAAACAAUUUAGUAUCAGAGGUCCAAAGUGGUUUUAUGCAAGGGAGACAAAUAUCAGAUGGUAUACUAUUGGUGAGUGAGAUUAUUGGAAGCAUGAAGAGGAAAAAAUGCGCCGGGGUGAUCUUAAAACUUGAUUUUGAGAAGGCCUUCGAUUCGGUUAACUGGGGUUUCCUCCUUCAUCUUUUACAGAAGCUGAAUUUUCAUGAGAAAUGGAUUAAAUGGCUCGAAAGUAUCCUAAAAUCGUCACGGAUCUCAGUUUUAGUCAAUGGUUCUCCUACGAAGGAGUUCACUCCUGAAAGAGGUCUGCGCCAAGGCGACCCUCUUUCCCCUCUGCUAUUCAAUCUAGUUGGAGAAGUUCUUCACUGUAUGCUAGUAAAGGCAGAAGAGGUGGGUAUUUUUCAGGGUAUAAAGUUUGGUGGAAGUGGGGAGCAGAUUUCACAUCUUCAAUACGCUGAUGAUACUGUUAUCUUCAUAAAUGACAGCCUAGAUGACAUUAGAGGAGUGAAAAGGGUUCUGCAGGGGUUUGAGAUUCUUUCUGGUUUAAAGAUAAAUUUUGCUAAGAGCAAGUUGUAUGGUUUCAACAGUAAUAAAGAUGAAAUUAAGGAGUGGGCUAAGGAUGUUGGUUGCCUUCCUGGAGAUGAUUCAUUUCAAUAUUUGGGCCUAGAGCUUGCAAGACCUCCUAACAGAAUUCAGUUUUGGGACCCGCUUUUGACAAAGAUUAGGAAGAAAUUGGCUGGAUGGAAGGGAAGAUCAAUUUCGAUAGCAGGGAGAGUUACUUUGCUCCAGGCGGCACUUGACAGUGUCCCAAUGUAUUGGUUUAAUAUGUUUCUUAUGCCUGUUACGGUUGAGAAUUCUUUAGAGAAAAUUCGUAGGAACUUCUUCUGGGGAUUUAAAGAGGUUGAAGGUAGGGAACAGAGUAAAAUGCAUCUUCUGGCUUGGAAUAAAAUUUGCAGGCCAAAAUGUGCGGGAGGAGUAGGGAUUGCGAAAAUUAGGGAAAGGAAUGUAGCUAUGCUGUGCAAGUGGUGGUGGAGAUGCAUUAGAGAAAGGGAAAGAUAUUGGAAUAAACUCAUGCAAAGUAAGUAUGGAAGUGUAUUCAUCAGUAAUCCAUGGAGCAUCAAGUUGGACAAUUCUUCAAGCUUUACGCUGUCUGAUCUUCAAAAGGUUAAACAACGGGGAUGGGAUCGGAACAAGUUAGAAAAUGGCUUUGUUUGGAAAGUUAAUAAUGGGAAAAGUAUAAGAUUUUGGGAAGAUAUAUGGUAUGGAGACAGGCCAUUCAACAAGGUCUACUCCAGAUUAUACUCUAUAUCAGGUAUGAAAACAGCAUCAGUCCGCCUUAUGUGGGAGGUUUGGCAAGGUAAUGGUGGGCUGCCGCACACAAUUUGGAACCGUCAGCUGAGAGCGUGGGAGUUAGAACAGGUUGGCAUAUUGAAUCAAGUUCUUUCUUCAGUCCAUCCUAGGGAGUGCAGUGAUGUUUUGUAUUGGAGUUGGUCAGGCAAAUGUUACUCGACCAAAGAUUGUUAUAUGGCGCUUAAUGGUAAUGCUCUGAUAAACUCUCCCUGCUGGUCGUUUUGGAAGUUAAAAAUCCCUCCAAGAAUUCAUUUCUUCGUUUGGAAAGUGAUGAACCAAGUUCUUCCAACCAAAGAACUCCUAGCAAAUAGACUGCAAGGCAUGAAUUUUUCCCCGAAUUGCGGCUGGUGUCUUGCUGCAAAUGAGUCGUUAAUGCACUUAUUCCAGCACUGUGAAAUUGCCAGGUGGUGUUGGGAUGAUGUUAGUAAAGUAUGGAGCUUCAGUUGGCCUUCGAACCCCCAUGAAGUUUUUUCUGUGCUAUCUCUUUUUAACGUUGUUACAGAUGCCGAUCUUAAAGAAGCAUGGAAGGUGGUAGUUGUGGCUACUUUAUGGACCAUAUGGCUGUUCCGUAAUGAGUUGGUUUUUAAUGAUAAUCGAUCGUCGCAUAAAGGAGUGUUGAAAACGCUGAGAGCUAGAAUUUUCAAGUGGCUGGAAGCUAGCAACCUGGUUAGCAGGGACGUUGAAAAUCUACUGUUCAUAAACCCUAGAGGAGCUUUGAAAGAACACAGAUGGUUCCAGUUUAAUUCUUUCUGGGAUAGUUUAUUCGCUAAGUACGAUUGGGUUGUUGCAACUGAUGGAGCUGUGACAAAAGCUUCACCUUCUUUAGCUAAGGCAGGUAUUGGGGGAGUGAUUAAGUCCAAGGAAGGCCUAUUAUAUGUAUUCUCGGGGCCUUCCCUUGCAAGCUACGCAGCGGAAGCAGAAAAGGAAGCCUGCAUGUUCAUUAUGUCUAAACUGGUGGGAAAGUUUGAAACUGGAUUAAAAGUGGUCAUAUGCAUGGAUUCAGUAGAGUUGUUUAACAAUUUGGACCACAUAAAGCAUGCAAAUGGCUCAUUUUAUCAAGAGUUGGUCCCUGUGGAAAUCAUGCAGGUAAUAAUGCAAGCAGAUUUCCGGGUCAUAAAUAGAAAAUUUAACAUUGAGGCUGAUGGGCUAGCAAAAGAGGGCCUCUCUAGAGACCGUCUUGUUGAAGGAUGGACUUAA